AUAGACUAACAAAUAUUGAGAGAAACAAACGAAAUAUUCCAAGCACAAAUUUUGCGGUGUCACAAUUCAAGAACUGAGAACACCAUAAACCCUAUCUCUCUCAAUGGAAACCGUAGCAUCAGUUUCCAUGGAAUUCGCCUCGAAUUUUAUGGGAUUAGCCAAAAUCCGCUCUUAUCCAAUUUCAUCCGUAAAAACCACGCAUUUCUUCAGCCGAAACAGGCAAAAUUUCACUGUCCAAAGCCGCAAGUUCUUGGCUUGCACCAUUUCUGACAAUUCAAGAAUCGUGCGCUCAUCGAAGCAGCCGAAGAGGCGCUUUUGCCGCAGGCUGACGGCCGCCUCCGCCGCCAGCUCAGCAGCAGAAACUGAAGAUUCUGGCGUUGUGACUAAAAUCCCUCCUGAUAAUAGAAUUCCAGCUACCAUUAUUACUGGCUUCUUGGGCUCUGGAAAGACAACCUUGUUAAACCACAUCUUGACUGCUGAUCAUGGGAAACGUAUUGCAGUUAUCGAAAAUGAGUUCGGUGAAGUUGACAUUGAUGGCUCCCUAGUUGCUGCCAAAGCUGCUGGGGCAGAGGACAUUAUGAUGCUCAAUAAUGGAUGUCUAUGUUGCACCGUGAGGGGGGAUCUUGUAAGGAUGAUUUCGGAACUUGUUAGUACGAAGAAAGGGAAAUUUGAUCACAUUGUUAUUGAGACAACAGGAUUAGCAAAUCCAGCGCCGAUUAUUCAGACGUUUUACGCCGAGGAUCAACUAUUUAAUGAUGUUAAACUUGAUGGAGUGGUCACACUUGUUGAUGCUAAGCAUGCUGGCUUUCACCUUAAUGAAGUGAAGCCAGAAGGUGUUGUCAAUGAGGCAAUAGAGCAAAUUGCAUAUGCUGAUCGCAUCAUAGUAAACAAGACUGAUCUUGUUGGCGAACCUGCGGUUGCUUCUCUGGUUGAAAGGAUAAGGGGCAUAAACCAUAUGGCUCAGCUAAAGGGAACACAAUAUGGACAAGUUGAUUUGGAUUAUGUUCUUGGUAUUGGAGGUUUCGAUUUGGAAAGAAUUGAUAGUGCUGUUGACGUGGACCACUCAAAGGAAGAACAUGGUGGCCAUAGCCAUGAGCACAAGCAUGAUCACGAGCACCAUCAUCAUGGUCACGAACAUGACCAUAGCCAUAACCAUGAACAUCACGAUGACCACCACCACGAUCAUACACACGACCCUGGUGUUUCUUCAGUUAGCAUAGUUUGUGAAGGGACCUUGGAUCUUGAAAAGGCUAACAUGUGGCUAGGUAACCUAUUGUUAGACAGAAGCGAGGACAUAUAUCGAAUGAAGGGUCUUCUAUCUGUUGAUGGCAUGAACGAGCGAUUUGUUUUUCAGGGUGUCCACGACAUAUUCCAAGGUUCACCGGAUAGGCUAUGGGGUGCGGAUGAAGCGAGGGUAAACAAGCUUGUAUUUAUCGGGAAGAACCUCGACAGGGAGGAACUGGAGCAAGGCUUUAAGGCCUGCCUGUUAUAGUUGUAACUUGCAAGGAUACAUACAAUGCAAACCAUGUUUUUUGAGGUCAUCAAUUUCAAAAUAAAAUAUUUAUUUGGCCUCAACUAUUCAAUAGAGUUGUAACGCUACAUGCAAACUUUUCAUGAUCAUUUGUAUUGGUAUUUAAA